GUGGGAUACAAGAGAAGGAGUAGAACUAGAAGUAGAAGAUCAUAAUCAGCAUAAUUUCUUCAUAAACACAAAGCAGUUUCGUCGGUUUCACAAAACAGAUUGAGUUACAAACAUAGAUAGAUUUGAGAUAUAAAUAUAGAUUUUGUGAGAAUUGCUAAAAACAUACAGUAGAGAGAUAGAAAUUUUGAGGGAAACGGAUAAAGAAGAAAAAAACAGAGGAUAAUUAAUACAGUUUUCAUAUUUUUAAAGAGACAGAGAGAAAGAAAACAGAGGAAGAAGAGAGUAUUUUGAUGGUGAAAGAAGUGGAGAAAUUGGGAAUGCGACUAGGAAAAUACGAGCUUGGUAAAACACUUGGUGAAGGGAAUUUUGCAAAAGUUAAAUACGCUCAGAAUCUUGAAUCUGGACAGAUUUUUGCAGUCAAGAUUUUGGAGAAGAAGAAAAUCAUUAACCUCAAAGUUAACGAUCAGAUUAAGAAUGAGAUUGGAACACUGAAACUGUUGAAGCAUCCAAAUGUUGUCAGAUUACAUGAAGUCUUAGCAAGUAAGACAAAGAUAUACAUGGUACUUGAAUAUGUGGGAGGAGGUGAAUUGUUUGACAGAAUUGCAACAAAAGGGAGGGUUUCGGAAGCUGUUGGUCGACAGCUCUUCCAACAGUUGAUUGAUGGUGUGAGUUACUGUCAUAGUAAAGGUGUUUACCAUAGAGAUCUUAAGUUGGAGAAUGUUCUUGUUGAUGUAAAAGGAAACGUAAAGAUAACAGAUUUUGGUCUAAGUGCUUUGCCUAAACAUUUUCGGGAAGAUGGACUAUUGCAUACAACGUGUGGAAGUCCCAACUAUGUUGCUCCAGAGAUUCUUGCUAAUAGAGGAUAUGACGGUGCAACAUCUGAUGUGUGGUCAUGUGGUGUCAUUUUAUAUGUUACUCUUUGUGGGUAUCUACCUUUUGACGAUCGAAAUCUAGCAGUUCUAUAUCAGAAGAUAUUUAAAGGGGAAACUCAAAUGCCCAAAUGGCUUUCAGAUGGAGCAAAAAGCUUAUUAAGAAGAAUUCUUGAUCCUAAUCCAGUUACCCGAAUAACAAUUGCUGAAAUCAAAGAACAUGAAUGGUUUAUCCAAGAUCACAUUCCUGCUAUUCCCUUGGACGAAGAAGAAAAUAUUAACGUCGAUGCUGAGGCCUUCUCAAUAAAAGUAGCGCAAAUGGACAAGGAUAAACAGCCAGGUUCACCAACCCAAAUCAAUGCCUUUCAGUUAAUUGGAAUGUCUUCAUGCUUGGAUCUUUCGGGCUUUUUUGAGAAAGAGGAUGCUUCAGAGAGGAAGAUUAGGUUCACUUCCAAUUAUGGCUCCAAAGAUCUACUAGAAAAAAUCGAGGAUAUUGUAACGAAAAUGGGAUUUCAAGUACAAAAAAGAAAUGGAAAGUUAAAAGUGUCGCAAGAACAUAAAGGCCAGAAGAACCAUACUAGCCUUUCCGUGGCAGCAGAGAUGUUUGAGAUCAGUCCAUCUCUUCAUGUCGUAGAAUUAAGUAAAUCGCAUGGAGAUUCGUCAUUAUACAGACAGAUGUGCACAAAACUAUCGAAUGAUCUCGGAAUUGCUGAAAGCAAAACCCAGCUUAUGUCCCAAGACGUAUUCAAAAGCUAGGGGUUGUUCAGAUCAAGCUCAUUGUAGGCAGGAAUAUGUGUAUAGAUUUUUAUGUUAGUUUUUAUCCAAUUUUUUGUUGCGACUAGAAGAAGGAAAGAAGUAAUAGAUACCAUCCGCUCUUGAUUCAAGAUGAUGUACAUGUACAUAAUAUUGAUAUUUAUAUGAAAAAAAGAAGAAGCUACAAUAGUGUAGCUAUUCAAUCA